AUGCGGUUUGCAGCUGUGCUUAGGAAACCUUCCACUCAACGCGCGAAUGGUCCGUGGCUAACUAGUUCUCACCUGGUAAAUCAAGAGUUGGUACCACAUUGGAAAUGGGCACGACUAAUAAAAACCUGCUCUCUUACGGGUUAUGAACACGUCUUCUCCAAAGAGGACUCAAAUUCUGUCACUGCUGCUGGGAUGGAUUUGCCAGCUGGACUCCACGCACUAAAAAUCAAGUGUCGUUUUUCCACACCCAGCACCAAUACAUUAUUUACACGGUGUGCAAACUGUAACAGCGUGUUAGAAGACCUGCAGGAUCACCUUUACACAAGCAUUAGGAGGCACUGCUCAACAACUUUUCUGUGGCUGGAGCAGGAAAAAGAUGUGCAUAACUUGGCAAAACUAGAGAACGGCUUCUCCUUGCAGCUGGAGAAAAGUAUUGAAGAAAAAGUAGUUCUGUAUGGGCAUUUAGCUGAAAAAUCCUGCUCUUGUCAGUUGUCCCUAGGCAUUCCAGAAGUCCCUCACGGGAAAGCAAGUGAGUGUGCAAAGCAGCAUCGCUGUCACUGCUGUGUGCAAAAGACAGAAACUUGGAUUAUCACUUGCUUUUGUCUUCAACUACUCCUACUUAACCCUCUUGUGAAAGCUCAGAGUUCCUGCGGGAAUCCAGUGACAGAUGAUGUGAAUGACAUUGCAAAAUUGGUUGGAAAUCUCCCAAAUGAUUAUAUGAUAACCCUUAGAUAUGUCCCGAAGAUGGAUAGUCUGCCUGAUUACUGUUGGCUGAAUUUGAUGGUGCCUGAAUUUUCAAAGAGUCUACAUAGUCUGCUCCAGAAAUUUUCAGAUAUUUCAGAUAUGUCUGAUGUUUUAAGCAACUAUUCAAUCAUCAAUAAUCUCACAAGGAUAAUUAAUGAUCUUAUGGCAUGCCUAGCUUUUGAUAAAAAAAAGGAUUUUGUAAAAGAAAAUGGUCACCUUUAUAAAGAAGGUCGCUUUAUUCCUGAGGAUUUUUUUAGGCGCUUUAAUAUUACCAUUGAGGUCUACAAGGAGUUUGCAGACACAUCGGAUAAGAAUGACUGCAUUCUGCCUUCAACAGUAGAAACACCAGAGAAUGAUUCCAGAGUCGCUGUCACAAAAACAUUUUUGUUUCCUCCUGUUGCUGCCAGCUCCCUUAGGAAUGACAGCAUUGGCAGUAACACUAGCAGUAACAAAGAGGUACUUGGCUUCAUUAGCAGCUCCAGCCUGCAAGGCAUCAGCAUAGCACUGACAUCAUUGCUGUCUCUUCUUAUUGGCUUUAUUUUGGGAGCCAUAUACUGGAAGAAAACACAUCCCAAAUCCAGACCAGAAAGUGGUGAAACUACACAGUGUCAUGACUGUCAAGAGGAAAAUGAGAUAAGUAUGUUGCAGCAAAAAGAAAAAGAACAUCUACAGGUGUAG